AUGGAGGAGGUGGAGAUAGUGGCGCGCAAAGAGGAGCUCCAAAUGUGGAUAAAAGAAAAGGUGAAAAGCCAGCUGAUCUCCUCGGGUGUAUUAGAGAAGUACAAUUUGCUGCAGUCUCUGCUGAAAAGAAGGGAAGAGCAGGCGACCAGGAUCCAGGCGCUCUGCGAGUGAGUGUUGAAUUCAGCAAUAAAUGCUGUUGUUAAAGCUCUCUUGACUCACAUCAACCAUUUGUUUGGUCACACCUGUAGACAACCAGUGCCUAAUGUUACAACAGCUGUUAAAUGACCAUGCUUUACAGCCCACUAACAAAACAACCCUGGUUACUUGUGUAGUAAGAACACAGCUGUUUGUCCUACAGUUCAUCUCCAAGUUCUCUGAUGGUUUUUUCUUGUCAUUGCUGUUGUUAUCCAGGUCUGUGGCAGCUUUGGAAACAGUUGUGAAGAGGCAAUACACUUUAAUGGGAUUGGAGUACAUAGAGAGCGAUUCUGAGACUGAUGAUGAUUCUGAGGCUGAUGAUGAUGAUAAAACAAAAAGCAUUGGUACGGUGCAAAAGUUGAAUUAUCAGCCUUCUCUGUAUUUUUGCAUUUGUUUUCAACAAUGCAAAGUGGCUUGUUUUGGUUGCCAUACAAGCCCAAUUUUGACCUGUGCCUUUAUUUCAUUUUUGUAGGCAAUACAGCUCCACCAGAACUUGCUUCUGUUCAGUCAGGGAACAAAACCCCCACCUCUCCAGCGACUAAACCUCUGUUACUUGAGCAUGAAGACGGUAGUGACCAGAUAAGCCCUACACAAAAACCAGUUGUAACCCUGACCAGACUUUCCCGCUGUCAGCCAAUCAGAUCUGCUUGCUCACCAGUUCAUCAAAGUAGCGGCAACAAGAGUGAAUCCUCAAGUGAUGCUGAUUCUGACCCCCAAUGGGAACCAGACCAUGACUUGAGUGAUUCUGAAUACUCACUUUCAAGUUAUGGGUCAAGAAAGAGAAAAAAAAUCAAUCACAAAGAUGAAAAACCUGCGAAAAAACAUGUAAUAUUAAAAGCUAGAAGAACUGAGGGUGCCGAGGGCCAAACAACAUCGACACCCAAGACCAGCACGGAAAGCAGUGCCAAGAAGGAGACAACAUCAACAUUUCCACCUAAUGCAACUGUCAACACAAAGAGCAACAAAGAGGAAACACUAAAAUCUCCGGCCGGUGCAAUUGUCGACACAAAGAGUAACACAGCAUCGACGUCCCAAACUAGUACAGACAGCAGCGAUAAGGAGAGGAAAACAACAACCUCACCUUCUGAAAAAGUCAACACAAAGAGCACCACAGAGAAGACAUUGACAUCUGCAGUUGGUGCAACUGUCAACAUGAAGAGCAACACAGAGAAGAAAUCAACAUCACCAACAAACACAAAUGGUGAAGAACACAUUACACAAAAUCAUAAACUGAUUUAAAAAACUUUUGAUUGUUUGUAUGUGAUGUAAAAACUGUGAUAUGUGUGUAUAUAUAUCUCAGGCCUCAGUUUACCUCAAGUAUUGUUAUUCAUGUUUCUUUUCCAUCAACAGGUGUUAACCCCUCAAAGAAAGGGGCUCUUAGCCAGACAUCAGGAGAAGCCACAAAUACUCAAGCAAGCAAGUCACAGGUGGAGCUGAGUGUUAACACAGAUGUUCUGGCUAGAAUGAGUGCCAUGAAAUGGCUACAUGCAAAGAUUCUGGAGUUAAUACCUACGGGUGAGGAAAAUGUUUACAUUUCUGUGUAUUGCACUCUGUCAAGGGGGUCAUUUUAUGCAGUGAUUUAAGCAGUUAACUGUGUAGCUAUUUAACAACAAAAACUGAAUUGGUAAAAUUGACAAAGGGAAUUUUUAAGAUUUCAAAUAACUGCACAUUUUUUCUAAUUAUAUGUAGGGUUUAAACUGUAUGAAGGACAUCGAGCUCUGUCUUAAAAGCGUUUUACAUCAUGUCUCUUGCAGUGCUAUCAAUAAAUAUGUCCAGUUAUGUCAGAGUGGGUAAUAAAUUUUAGUGUAAGACUAAGAGUUAAAUCAUAUAAAAUGAGCACAGAUUUGACUUUUUUAAGUUUUUUUAUUUAUUUAUUUUGAUGCUGUAGAUGAUAAAACAAGGUACAAGGUAAGUUUUGAAAACAAGAAGAAGAAGAUUGUCUCCGGUCACCACAUCGCCGUAACCUCCCCGCCAAAAGUGGAGCGGCUGAGUGUUGGUUGUCGAGUGGUGAUGAAGUGUGGAACUGAUCCACUCAUUUUCUUCGCCCCUGGCACCCUGGCAGAGAUGCCCACCAGAAGAAAUAGCAUGAGGUUUGUGAAUUUCUUGAGUCCGAUUAAAUUCGGUUUUCUUUUAUGAGAUGUUUUGCCUUCAGAUUCUUUGGAUCCACCCAGAGCCCUAUUUACUGUUGGUAUCAAGCAUUAAUAUGUUUUAAUUUUCUAGAUUCCUCAUCUUUACCGAUGAUCACAAGCCCCGUUAUGUUGGCUUACCUUCAUUUCACCAGGUGUUCAGACAGUGUAAGUUUUUGUGUCCUUAUUUACAUCAAAAAGGCAUUACAUGAUGAAGGCAUUAGAAUUUCCUCUGACUUGUUUUUUCUUUUACUGUCACAGUGGAAGACCCCUUGGAUGAUAUCCCAGAUGGUUCCCAUAAAGACUUCAUGAGGACUUAUGUAGCCUCAUGGCCUUACCCGUCCCAGACAUCAUACAGGGUUGGACAGGUUCUUGAAGCAGAAUAUGAAAAUGUCCAGCAGAAGUGUAAGGUACUGGAGGUUCACUGCAGUUUGAUACGUGUUGUGUUUGAGGUAGGUUUCUGUAGACAUAAUGUUUUUUUGACUGUUUUCUAUUGAAAUCUCAAUGUUUUUGUUGAUUAUAUGUUAACCAAGACCCCUUGACUAUAAGUACUUUGUGUGUAAUCAUUCACAGAAAGAUGAACAUCAGGAGUGGAUUUAUCGAGGCUCCAUCCGUCUGCAACAUAUGAUUAAUAUGCAGGAACAGCUGCAGGGAAAAGGGGUUAGGAAAAAAUCUACAGGUGUAAAAGGUAAAAUAAUCUCUAGAACCUGUAAAAAAAAAAAACAAUUUUCACAAUACUAAUAUAUAAUUCUACUAGUAUUCCUUAAACAUCCAUCAUUUCUUGUCUUUUGUACUCCAGAGUCAUCCAAAUCUACAAAGUGA